UUCAUAUAUAGUACACAGCAGCAGCGUUAGCAAUAAUAAUAUUAUCCUUCUAGCUUUGAUAGGCCUCCCUAGCUCUCGACCUCUCUGCUUUCUCAUCCCUUGCUCGGCUAUGGUAUACUCUAUCCAUCCAAUUAUAAACAACAAACCUAAAUCUAUACCCAUAUUACUCUGAUCUUUGAAUUACUAUAUAAUUCGUUCAAAUUGGCAAAUUGCACCCCCCUCCCCCCAAGAAGCUAUAAAAGCUGCCAUGACAAGAAACUUCAUGCAACAAUGAUCCCAAAUUCAAGAGGAAAAUCAAGUUUCCCAGCAGCCAAACAAGAAGCUACAGGGGACGGCUGCGGCGGAGAUGGCGGCGGUGAGAGGCUAUUAAAGGCACCGACAAGUAGUACAACACCUAGCUCAAGACAAUGGUCAUCGGCAGGGUUCCGCAACCCAAGAAUUGUGCGAGUUUCGCGCACCUUUGGCGGGAAAGAUAGGCACAGCAAGGUUUGCACCAUAAGGGGGUUAAGGGACAGGAGGAUUCGGCUUUCGGUCCCAACGGCAGUUCAGUUAUACGAUCUACAAGACCGAUUGGGGCUAAGCCAGCCUAGUAAGGUAAUAGAUUGGUUAAUUGAAGCCACUAAAAACGACAUUGAUAAACUCCCUCCACUCCAAAUCCCUCAAGGUUCACUACUUCUCAGCCAAUUUCACCAUCAUCAUGAAACGACCACAACAAAUGUCGCAACGACGAUGUUUGAAAACAAAGAUCAGCAUCUUCAUGACCAAGAUGGGAUCACCCAACUCUUUGCUCAGAAGUUCUUUCCCUUAUCAUCAAGUAGCACUACUAACAAUAGUCUUAAUUCUACUCAUCCUUUACAAAACGCUAUGUCGUUUGAGCCUGCCAAUGGUGGUAAUAACAAUCUGUUAUCACUUUCUCACCAUCAUCAUCCUUUUGGAAGUAUGAGUAGUCAUGGAUUUUCGCUGCCCCAAAUGGAUAGUACUAAUAAUCAUGCUAAUCCAUCGUCGUUUUCGUCUUCUGUCGUAUCUGGGUCUCAGUUAUUUUUCUGCCCUCCUCCAAAUUCAAACCCCUCGUUUUUCACUCCAUAUCCUCCACCAAUAUAUAAUAUAGCCACUGCUACCACUGCUAGUAGUAGUAGUAGUGCCAUCCCAGUUCUAGAUUUUCAUCACCAAAAUCAUAGCACUACUUCUUCAUCAUCACAACAUGUGUUUCCUUAUAACUCUCUCAUGCCUUCACUGCUUCAUAAUAAUAGUAAUAAUAAUUUCUCUUUCAAAUCAUUGCCUGCCAUGCUUAAUCCUAAGCUUCUUUCCCAAAGUGGUCUAUUCCAAAAUCGACCAGAAAAGGAGGAUCAUAUGUAGCUUGAUUUAGCUAUAUACAUAAAUAAUCGUAAAUAUAGAGAUGUACAGGGAAUACAUAACCAUAUAUAUGUAUAUGUACACCUUCAUCAUCUCAUUUAUGAUCAUGAAUGUAUGAGCAAAUCAAGGGGGUGUUUCCUACUUCAGCUACAUCGUACGUGCCUUCGAAUUGAUCUUCAGUUCUGUACAAGUAAGGCAUAUAUAUAAAUAUAUACACAUAUAAAUAUUGUGAUAUUUAAUUAUAUAGUUCUGCAAAUUUUAAUAUGUUUUAAUUAAAUUGUAAUUUCUUCAUAAAUACGUACAAUGGAUUUGUGAAAUAAUCAAUGCUUGUUGUGAGCAUAUGAUCACAAUUUUAUAUAUGUACUUAAUGCAUACUUAAAAUUUGAGAUAAUUCUGAAGGAAAUUAACACAAAAAACAUGCAUGUAGUGUGUAAAUUUAUAUAUGUUAAGUAUUGUUAGCAGCGCUUUCAUGAUCUGGUAAUAUAACUCAUUUUCGAUGUU